GGCGCGCGUGACAGUAGACUGCGUGAGCCGAUCCGCGCCGGUCGUAUACGGCAUACAGCCGCGCGCUCCCGCCACACGCGAUCACAAACUUCGCUCGCGACAUCAGCCGUAGCACGUCCUGUCGCUGGAAAUUAAAAACAAUCCCUCCAUCACCUACCACGUUACACAGCUGAUUGAGACGGGCCGGCGCCGUAGACGGAGCCUCUUAGAAACUCGUAAAACCCGCGGCACGCGCUCCACAGUCGUAAAAUAAUCGUAAAAAGUAAACACACGUCAACUGGCCUUUAUCGCCACCGGAGCCCAUUAUGACGCUCGAGUGACGUUUAAGAGGCAAUAAAAUUAAUAAAAUUAAAUUUCAUUGUCUGCUAUACGGAGUGACAUUGGCGGAGGUCGCGUUAUCACGGCGCGUGGGGCCGCGAUGACAUAAGUGUUGUCUAACUGAGUGACGUUUGUGAACGGUGAACGGUCAAAAUGAACUCCUAUUUCGAGCAGGGUGGUUUCUAUGGGGCCCACGGUGUGCACCAGGGCGGUGGCGGCGGUGAUCAGUAUCGAGGGUUUCCGUUGGGUCUGACGUAUGCUCAGCCUCACGCAUUGCACCAGCCCCGGCCCCAGGACUCGCCUUAUGACGCCUCAGUGGCGGCAGCUUGUAAACUGUACGCUGGAGAGCAGCAGUAUGCCAAGGCGGAUUGUUCUAAAGCGGCCGGUGAACAACAGAACGGAUAUGGAGCCAAAGAGUGGGGUUCAGGGCUGGGGGCGCUGGUAAGACCAGCGGCGUGCACUCCAGAAGCCCGGUACAGCGAAUCCUCGAGUCCAGGAAGAGCCCUCCCAUGGGGUAACCAGUGCGCACUCCCAGGAGCAGCGGCAGCAGCAGCACAGCCAGUGCAGCAUCAGCCCACCAACCACACCUUCUACCCCUGGAUGGCCAUAGCAGGUAAACUCUAUGAAGGAGCGAAUGGCCUGAGAAGACGAGGAAGACAAACGUACACUAGAUAUCAAACGCUAGAGUUAGAGAAAGAGUUUCACACGAACCACUACCUCACGCGGAGGAGACGCAUCGAAAUGGCGCAUGCACUCUGUCUCACGGAGCGACAGAUCAAAAUAUGGUUUCAGAAUCGAAGGAUGAAAUUAAAGAAGGAAAUACAAGCUAUAAAGGAGCUAAACGAACAAGAGAAACAAGCGCAGGCGCAGAAAGCAGCAGCGGCGGCCGCAGCUGCGGCGGCUGCGCAGGGCCAUCCUGAACAUUAAGGCCUUAAGCCAUAAAACCCGAGCAGGGUCGUACUGAACAUUAAGGUCUUAUACCAUAAUGCCCGCCUAGGGAUCGGCCUUGUUGCCCAGUGAUAAGAUCGCAGUCCGCCGAACACUCAUUAGUUUUGUGUUUGUAUAUUGUUUGUAAUUAUUUUCGUUAUUUAAGUGUUGUUCGGUUGUUGUGAUUAUUUUUUUUAAAUUAAUUAUUAAAUAGACACAUGUUUUUCUAAUUAAUUGAACGAACAAUAAACUGUUAAAUGCUAGACUAGAAACGGGUCGUAUUAUUUUGUGUUUCGAGUUUUGUUUAUUGUUGAUUUAUUGAAUUUUAAUAUUUUAAUUCGCGCUAUCGUCAAAGGCGUUUGGAAACCAGUGCAAUUUGUAGGAAUCUCUUCCGUGUAACAUAGUGUAGGUGAAUCGUAGUGCGUUUUACAUUAUGUGCGACGUAGCGAAUGUAGCUCGGCAGCGUCGGCGAGACGGACUGUAUUGUACAAAUUUAAUAUGCCUACCAAAGAGACCCGGUCUCGUACCCUUAAAGCUAAGUAAAGAGUCGUAAGUUAAAUUAAUAAUCCGCUAUUCUGAUAUCGGACUCAUGUGUGAAACAGAAUAACCUUCCGCGCCAUCUAAUCCUCCAAUACUCUCGCAUAAGUAUAGUGUAAACGUGAUCGUGUUCCUGCAGUUUUAAUAGUCGGUGAAGUUAAACAAAUUGCCAUAAAUAUAAGUAGUUAUUAUUUAGGAGUACAUAGCAGUGUAAAUAGUUAGGGCAUAGUUUACGAUGUUGGAAGUGAGCGGUUCGGGAUUGCGCCGGCGCCGUGGAAUGGUCAGAAAAAGUAACGAGGAGAGUGAGAGACGACGAGGAGCGGGGAGCGUGCGUCGCCGGCCACCGAACAGGACUAGGUGGUCGUCGUGUAAAACGUUGUCGAUACUUUGGUAGGUGUUAGGGAAGAUGUUAGUCCAGAAUUCUACAGCACGCUUCGCCUCGUACCUCAGCUCCUUACAUACAUUUUAAUUUUUAAAUCUAUGAUAUUUUAAAACGCAUGUCACACGAUCAAGAUAUCAAAAUUCAACUAUAGAAUACAUUUUUCUGCCCGCCCACACAACCGCUUAGGCAAUCGACUGUCGGAGAUUUAUUGUCAAAAUUUCCCGUUAGUAACGCUUACCGAGCACACUCCGCGUAUCACUAUUUCACGAAUAAAAGAACCAGUCGCGAUAUCAUCGUCGACUAUAAAUUAUAUGAAGCUCGGAUGAAAAAUCGCGGUUUGGUGUCCGCUUAUUUAUCGUUUACCUUACCUUAUGAAUAAAUAUGUAGAGAUAUUAAAUAGAUGUGUCUAUUAAUAUUGAUUAAUGUAUUAUUGGGUGGUGUAAAGGAUUGCGAAAUAAUCGUUGAAGGUUUCACCAACCUUUGUUUUCGAAAGAGAUCGAACAGUUAUCGAGUGUUAGUUACGAGAGUGCCGCUAUCUGUCGAACUGAUCUGCUAUCAUGUUCCAUCGGUACGGUGGCUAUUCUGCACUAGGCAUAGGUCGAGUUCCCGUGUUCGGUUCCGUGAUAUAUUGUUCCGCAUCUCCCGGUAUAAAUCUUGAACGCCUGCUGAGGUACACGGGACACGGCCGCCGCGCCGCAGCUCCGAGCUUCAAAUGGAAUUGUGUUUUUAUUUAUCGUGCGAAUCGUGCCCCACUAUCGCUCACUUGAAAUCGUACUUUAUCUACAAAAACCCGGAGUCGAAUCGACGGUGGGUUUUACAGCUCUUUAUAGUUACUCGCUCAUGUGUAGGCAUUUUAUUACACACUUUAGUUUGCAUGACUGUUCAAGUCUUCCAUUCCACUAUUACGGAAGAUUUACAUAUUUAUAAUAAUAUAUCAUGAAUUAUUUUACGUUACAAGAAAUUAUUAGGUAAAAAUCGCGUAAUAGAUUCUGGUUAAUAUAAAUAAUGGUGAUAGUGGGAUGAAAAAAUGUUCAAAACACGAUUUAGUAUUAACACGUUCAUUGCCGUAGUAUGAGCGAAUAUUAAGUAUAAUUGCUCAAUAUUUGAAAAUAUUAUUUACCUACUUAAACGAUUAGAAAUGUAUCUGUACGGAGAAGAUCAUCUUAACCAGUAAUCAUUGAUUAAAUUAAUACGUAUUAAUUUUUGAUCUCGAUAUAGUUCAUCAUUUUUAUGGGCACUGUGUUGUUCUAAUAAACCUUAUAAGAAUUUAUUUGUAUCUAACAUCGUCAGUAUUUCACGAUAGCUCAAACUCUACUAAUAGCAAGCAUUGAACGUGUUAAAAUAAUAUAAUUAUAUGUAAUGUAAAUAAUAAGUUUAGUGUAAAUGUAAUUGUAAUAAAAAUCUGAUGUACAACGUCUGUAUACGUACACAAUUUUUUUAAUAAAGAGGUUUAACGGCUCUAGAAGCUAGUCUUUAUGAGCCUAGACGAAUACGUACACAAAUACUUUAUAAUAAUGCCAGUUACAGACUUUAAAAUAUAAUUUUGUGCUGGAUGUUGCAUGAGCAAAGUGAAUAUUUUAAGAUUUUUUGUUUACCUUUUUGUUAAUGUAACAUCGAAUUUUUAGUUAAAAUUAUGUUAUUUAUUACUUUAAGAUCUCAUAAAUUGAGUUAUCUUGUUUUUGGCAGGUUCCAUAACAUUAUUCGAAUAAAUUAUUUUUGUUACACUGCGACACGCCAGCGAUCCUAAAUACGUAACUACAAAAGCUUUAGUAUGAAAAAUAUUCCAUUUAUUAGUCGAUAGCUUAACUUAUUCUUAGACAAAUAGUUUACCUAUAGUCACUUAAAAAAUGACACGAAUCAAACUAGUUGUGCCCAGUAUACGAAUAGUUAAUUAAAUUAAGUAAUAAUGUAAUUUAUUUUAAGAUACAAGUAGUGGUAAUAUUUUUGGAUUCCUAUAAACAUAUACGUAACUUGUUUCCUGUGUAAUGUAGAAAUUAAAAUUUGGCUAAGAUUCUUUCAAUCACUUUUUUAUUUAUCUUGAGAGUGCCAAAUUAUUUUGUACUAACCUUAAAUAGGUCAUCACUCACUCAUACCUCUUGUAGUUCCUUGUUUUAUGUCGCUUAAUUUAUUAUCAAUAUUUUGUUCAUUUGAAAGAAUCUUUGUCUAAAUUUUCUCUUUGUUAUAUAUUGUAAAUAUACCUAUUAUAAACUACUUAUUUAUAUCUAUAUAUAGCUUCCUAUCGAAAUAAUUUUUAUUGUAUAUUUUCGGAAUUCAAAAUUAGUUCACUUGUUUUACAAACACUGUAUUAUUAGCCAUGGGUUAUGGUAACACUAAUUUGUACGAAACAAUUGGUUUUUAAUUAAUUUCCUUUAAUGCGUGCUCACGAAUAUUAAACGUAAAUUUGUCCUUUUAUCGAAGCAUUUGUCAUACGUAAAUACACUAGGUAGGCCCAAUUUACUGUAAUGUAACAUAAUUAAUUAAUAUUAAAUAGUAAUAAAUGAAGGAAUACUUAAAUGAAAUCGCGGGAUUCUAGUGUAGAAAAUGAUUUAAAUGUUUGUGUUUAAUGAUUGUAAUUGUGUGAAAAGUUGUGUAAUUAUUAUUAUUACCUAUCUACCUAUCAUAUGAAUGGAAAGCGAUAUUAUAAUUUUUUGUACAACGUCGGCUAUAGUGCGAAAUGGAUCUGCAUUAAAUAAAAUUCUGUUACAGUA